GUUUUAUGUGAUUAGAGAAGUAAGAAGCAGGAAGCAGUUUGUUACAAAGCGACAAAGCAUCGUCCAACACUCGGAUAAAACUUCACGGAGUCCACUUUGUAGUGGUGAAGAUGUAUCUCAUCACAGUUUUAGUCCUUUUGGGGACGGGACUGACAGUGAACAGCGAGAUUCACUCCCUCAAGUACAUCUACACCGCUUUCUCUGAACCUGUCGGACUUCCGGGCAUCCAUGAGUUCACAGCUAUGGGUCAGAUGGACGGCAGGAUGAUUGACUACUAUGACAGUGAUAUCCAGAGAAAAGUUCACAAGCAGGAAUGGAUGAAGGAGCGACUUCCUGCAGACUACUGGGAGAAAGGCACACAGUCCCGCCAAAGCAAGCAGCAGUGGUUCAAAGUCAACAUCGACAUCCUGAAGAAACGAAUGAAACAGAAUGACACUGAUCGCCAUGUUCUUCAGUGGAUGCACGGCUGUGAGGGUGAAACAAGGCCUGAUGGCACAUUAAAGUUUGUCCGUGGCGUAGACAUGUACAACUAUGACGGACGAGACUUCCUGUCCUUUGAUGACGCCCACUCAGUGUGGGUUGCUGCCGCUGAUAUAGCAGUCCAGACCAAGAGAAAGUGGGAUGAAGUCCAGGUCCUAAAAGAAUACACCAAAGGCUACCUGGAGAACGAGUGUAUCGAUUGGUUGAGCAAGUUCAUGACAUACGGGGAAAAACAGCUGAAAGCUGCCUCUCCACCAGAUGUGCACGUUUUUGCUAAGAACACCAGAAUUGAGUCAAACCUCAUGUUGACCUGCCUGGCCACAGGUUUCUACCCAAAAGACAUCAUCCUUAACAUCAGAAGGAACGGCCGCAUUCUGACUAAAGAGGACGGGUUGAUCUCCUCAGGCGUUCGACCAAAUGAAGACGACACCUUCCAGAGAAGAGACAGUGUGGAGAUUUUAAAGAGUGACAUCGCUUCAUUCACAUGUGAAGUCAUUCACAGAGCAUCUGGUGUAUCUGUUAAGAAGGAUUUGGAUCACAAAGUUGAUGGAGGAGUCAACAUGGGCAUGAAUGUUGGGGCGAUUGGUGGACUGCUUGUCGUUGUCGUACUUGUGGCUGUAACACUGGUGGUGUUGAAGAAAAAAGAGAUAUUUGACCCUGCUCCACCAGUCACAGUCAUCACUGUCAAAGAGUCCAAAGAGUCUCUGAACAGCGGUGACUCUGGUCUCUCUGCUGGAUCUGACAAUGGCUCAUCCAACAGCUCAUCUGGCAGCUCCAAUGGCUCCGAUAAGCCUCUCCUUGACAAACAAUUCAGAACCUGAGAGGAACCAACUCACCAGGGAACAAACUACUAGUGGAUUAGUACAGGGAUGGAGAUAUGAAGCAAAAAUGGGAAUUUGAAAAAUCAUAAAAAUACUGAAUUGACAGAUUAGACACAAAAACAAGAAAAACAAGAACAAAGUUUUUUAUAUUAAGCUCAGAAAUGUCUCUAUUGUCUUUAGUAAGUGUGAUAGUUUGAGGAGUCCUGAUUAUCUGGAUGAUCUGGAAUAAUAUUCAGAUUUCACAUAUUCUUUAUUUGGAGCUUUCUUCCUACUUUGCUUGCCUGAAAUGUAUGAAAAAUAUCCUUUAUGCCUCUUAAACUGAACCCCAAAGUCACCAUGAAAGAAACGCUUUUGUUUCAUAUUACUGAGGAGACUCUAUUUUAAUUGGGGGAAAAAUUUGUGGAACGUCAUGCGGAGACUCAAGAAGGAGAUUAGAAAAGUGUGACCUGUAAGAAACGAAACAAAUGUGAUGUUAAACCUUUAAAAGCAAUCUCCUUUACAUCUAAAAACUACUUUUUUAAAGUUUAGAGAUCAUUAAUCACAGCUACACUCCUCAAGCAAAUGCUACAUAUGUGUUUCUUCUUUAUGAUGUUUUACUUUGAUAUUCAUAAUUACAUAGUUUUAUUUUAAUGGAAUUCUCAUCUCUCUGUAAAGCAAUAUGUUUUUAAAUAAAUAGACUAAUUCAUUACUUUUCAGUAUUGAACUGUGUUCCUGCCUGAAGACAAAUAUCAUAUUUCACAUGUUCAGCUGACAUGCAGUGGACUAAAGGAGUCUUUAUGUGUUUUAACAGUGAAUUGAAAUUAAUUAAUUGUGUACAAAUUGAACACUUUGCACAUCAUUAAUAUUAAAUCCUGUAAU